ACAAGGCUGCUGACGCAGAGGACAAGGUUCCUGACGUUGAGGACAAGGUUGCUGACGCCGAGGACAAGCUUCUUGACGCUGAAGACAAGAUUCCUGACGCUGAGGACAAGGUUCCUGACGCUGAGGAAAAGGUUCCCGACGCUGAAGACAAGGUUCCUGACGCUGGGAACAAGGUUCCUGUAGCUGAACACAAGGUUCCUGACGCUGAGGGCAAAGUUCCUGCGCUGAGAACAAGGUUCUUGACGCUGGGAACAAGGUUCCUGACGCUGAGGAGAAGGUUCCUGACGUUGAGGACAAGGUUCAGACCCUGACAACAAGGUUCCUGACGCUGAGAACAAGGUUCCUGACGCUGAGGACAAGGUUCCUGACGCUAAGGACAAGGUUCAAGACGCUGAGGACAAGGUUCCUGACGCUGAGGAACAAGGUUCCUGUAGCUGAGCACAAGGUUGCUGACGCUGAGGGCAAAGUUCCUACGCUGAGGACAAGGUUCCUGACGCUGAGAACAAGAUUCCUGACGCUGAGGACAAGGUUCUUGACGCUGAGGACAAGGUUUCUAACGCUGAGGAAAAGGAUGUUGACGCUGAGGACAAGGCUCGUGACGCUGAGGAGAAGGUUCCUAACGCGAGGACAAGGUUCCAGACGCUAAGGACAAGGUUCCAGACGCUGAGGACAAGGUUCCUGACGCUGAGGACAAGGUUCUUGACGCUGAGGACAAGGUUUCUAAUGCUGAGAACAAGGUUCCAGACGCUGAGGACAAGGUUCCUGACGCUGAGGACAAGGUUCCUGACGCUGAGAACAAGGUUCCAGACGCUGAGGACAAGGUUGCUGACGCUGAGGACAAGGUUCCUGACGCUGAGGACAAGGUUCCUGACGCUGAGGACAAGGUUCCAGACGCUGAGGACAAGGUUCCUGACGCUGAGAACAAGGUUGGUGCUUGA